ACCAACACACUACCAAAAUUAAAAUAAUGAGAUUUUCUUAUUUUGGUUGCCAUUGAUAAAAACUAUCUGCCGCUGUCUUCCGAAAACACUUCCACCUCUCUUCACCGCCACCGCUGCUGUAGAUCUCCGGCGUCCGAUCAUAGCGUCAAACGACGACGUUUCAUUCUCUCCACAAUCUCUCAUGGCCGGCAUUAUUACUCCUCCUACCUCUUCACAAUCUGCCGUCAUUCACAUCAGCGGCAAAAACACAUCUCUGUCGCCCCGAAAAACCCUCCCUUUGCCAAUUCUCUCCGGCUCCGACAGUUCAUUUCUCCGAAUGAUAAGCACAAAGCGGCUCCAAACGACGCCGCUUGCUGUAUCGCAGAACAAUUCAGCUACUUGUGUUGAGUUGUCGGAUAAUGCUAAACGGAUUAAGAGUCCGAUUAUUGUUAUUGAUAAUUACGAUAGCUUCACUUAUAAUCUCUGUCAGUAUAUGGGAGAGCUUGGAUGCAAUUUCGAGGUUUAUAGGAACGAUGAACUUACUGUGGAUGAACUGAAGAAGAAAAAUCCAAGGGGAAUACUAAUAUCACCCGGACCAGGUACGCCUCAAGAUUCAGGUAUAUCAUUGCAAACUGUAUUGGAACUUGGACCAACAAUUCCGUUAUUUGGUGUUUGUAUGGGUUUGCAAUGCAUGGGAGAGGCUUUUGGAGGAAAAAUUGUGCGUUCUCCAUAUGGGGUGAUGCAUGGGAAAAGCUCCCCCGUAUAUUAUAACGAAGGUGGGGAGGAUGGCUUGUUUGCGGGGCUAUCAAACCCGUUCAUAGCUGGUAGAUAUCACAGCCUGGUAAUAGACAAGGAAACUUUCCCCAAAGACGCCCUUGAGAUAACUGCAUGGACAGAAGAUGGUCUUGUAAUGGCUGCUCGUCACAAAGUUUAUAGACACAUACAGGGGGUACAAUUCCAUCCGGAAAGCAUCAUCACAAGUGAAGGCAAGACAAUAGUUCACAAUUUUGUCAAAUUGAUAGAGAGGAAGGAAGAAGCAGAAUCUCGAAACUAGACAACUCUCUUUACUCACUGUACAAAAUUAUGGUUUUGCCUCAAUAAACCGAUGCAAAAAUAUGUUCUUUUUGUUGUAACUUAGCAAAGGUAAUUUAAAAACUUGUCAAUACUUGUAACUCCUACUUGUUAUGGAUUUAAUUUGAAAUUCUUUAGACAA